AUGGCAGUCGUCAAGACCUCGGAGAUGGACUACGCCAUCAAGCCUGAAGCGUCCGUUCCUUCCGUUGAUACAUCGGAUUGGCCGCUUCUGCUUAAGAACUAUGAGAAGCUGCUCGUUCGGACCGGUCACUUCACCCCUAUCCCUGCUGGCUCCUCCCCUUUGAGCCGUGACUUGAAGUCAUAUAUCAGCUCCGGUGUCAUCAACCUUGACAAGCCCUCCAACCCUUCCAGUCAUGAAGUCGUGGCUUGGAUGAAGCGGAUCCUUAGAUCCGAGAAGACUGGUCACAGUGGUACCCUUGAUCCCAAGGUCACCGGUUGUUUGAUCGUCUGCAUUGACCGUGCCACUCGCCUAGUCAAGUCUCAGCAGGGUGCCGGUAAGGAGUAUGUCUGCGUGAUCCGUCUCCACGACAAGAUCCCCGGUGGCGAGGCCCAGUUCGUCCGCGCUCUGGAGACCUUGACCGGUGCGCUCUUCCAGCGUCCCCCUCUCAUCUCUGCCGUCAAGCGUCAGCUCCGUAUCCGUACCAUCCACGAGAGCAAGAACUACGAGUUCGACAAUGAGCGCCACCUCGGUGUCUUCUGGGUCAGCUGUGAGGCCGGUACCUACAUCCGUACCCUCUGUGUCCACCUGGGUCUUCUCCUCGGUGUCGGUGCCCACAUGCAGGAACUUCGCCGUGUUCGCUCUGGAGCCAUGGGUGAGGGUAAGGGUAUGGUCACUCUGCAUGAUGUUAUGGACGCCCAGUGGGUCUACGACAACAACCGCGACGAGUCCUACCUCCGCAAGGUCAUCAGCCCUCUGGAGUCUCUGCUCACCGGUUACAAGCGUAUUGUCGUUAAGGACAGCGCUGUCAACGCCGUCUGCUACGGUGCCAAGCUCAUGAUUCCUGGUCUUCUCCGCUACGAGGCCGGUAUUGAGUGCCACGAGGAGGUUGUUCUCAUGACCACCAAGGGUGAGGCUAUUGCCAUUGGUAUUGCUCAGAUGUCCACUGUCGAGCUUACCACCUGCGACCACGGCGUUGUUGCCAAGGUCAAGCGUUGCAUCAUGGAGCGUGACCUCUACCCCCGCCGCUGGGGAUUGGGACCUACUGCCCUUGAGAAGAAGAAGAUGAAGACCGCUGGAACUCUCGAUAAAUUCGGCCGCACCAACGAUGCCACUCCCGCUCAGUGGAAGAACGAAUACAAGGACUUCAACCUUCCUAUCUCCGGUACCUCCGCUGUUGCGCCCACCGAGACUAAGACCGAGCCUGAGGCUCCCAAGGCGGACUCCCCCGAGCCCGUGAAGGAGGAGGUCGAGGACAAGAAGCGCAAGCGCGAUGGCGAGACAGCCGAGGAGAAGGCCGAGCGCAAGAAGAAGAAGAAGGAGAAGAAGGAGAAGAAAGAGCGCCGGAAGUCCAAGCAGCAGGAUGAUAGCGAUGACAGCGACUAG